AUUUCUCUAAGCCAUCCACCUGCCACCUCUCACUGUAGCUGCCUGAUCUCGGCUCAGAGGAGAUGGAAGACGGAAAUCACUCGGUGGUGGCUGAGUUCAUUCUCUCAGGACUGACAGAUCGUCCACAGCUUCAGGUCCCCCUGUUUGUGUUGUUCCUACUGAUUUAUGGUGUCACUCUAGUGGGAAAUGGGGGGAUGACGUUGUUAAUUACAAGUGACUCCCAACUCCACACCCCCAUGUACUUUUUCCUCCGGAAUUUGUCUUUCUGUGAUAUCUGCUGUUCCACAGUAAUAGCCCCUAAAAUGCUGCAGAAUUUCUUAGCUGAAAGGAAGAACAUUUCUCGCACUGAAUGUGCAGUGCAAAUGUAUUUCUCUAUCUGUUUUGGGGAUAUUGAGUGUGUCUUGCUGGCUGUGAUGGCGUAUGACCGUUAUGUGGCCAUCUGUAACCCUCUGCUCUAUACGGUCAUCAUGUCCAAGCAGCGUUGUAACCAGCUCGUGGCUGGGGUGUGUGCUGUGGGGUUGAUGGAUGCAAUGAUACACACGUGUCUGACAUUUCAGCUGUCCUUCUGCAGCUCCAAUGUUGUCAAUCAUUUCUUCUGUGAUAUUCCUCCACUAUUGGUUCUCUCGUGCUCUGAUACCCACAUCAAUGAAAUUGUGCUGUUCGCCUUUACAUGCUUCAUUACUCUGAACAGUGCUGUAACAAUUCUCCUCUCCUAUGUCUAUAUCUUCUCUACCAUCCUGCGGAUCCGUUCUGCCGAGGGCCGGUACAAAGCUUUCUCCACCUGCAUUUGUCACUUGACCACAGUGGUAUUAUUAUAUGGCACAGGCCUAUUUAUGUAUUUCCGACCCACCUCCAGCUAUUCCAUGGACACAGACAAGGUAGCCUCAGUGUUUUACACACUGCUGAUCCCCGUGUUGAACCCCCUCAUCUACAGCCUGAGGAACAGGGAGGUGAAGGACGCCCUGAGGAAAGCAAUGAACAAACUCCUAACCAAUUCCUGAAUCUGUUCAUCCCAGCCCAAGUUGAGUGAUGGGCAGUGGAAACAGGUGAAUUCAAUACCUAGGCCAUUGCAAGGACAUUUUGAAGAGGCCAGUAGUAUUAUUGCUCAUGCUGUUCUUUUUACAUUAUGCAAAAAAGCAUCAUGUCCAUCCCAAUGUUCU